CAGAAUGUUUCUGUUUUACACACAUAACAUGAGCAAGGACAAGAUCGAUAUUUUUUUGUCCUGCUAAGGGAAAAAGCGCAUACACUAUGUGUAAUUUACACGAUGUGUAAUUUUACAAAGUAAUGGAGGUGGAUGAUGGAGUUCAUUUGCUUCCAGCUAAACGAAAAAAAUUUACUAAUUUUAAACAAUGUGUAAUUUGUCAAAAAAGCAACAAGCAUGAUUGUUUAAGAAAAGCACAAGAUUCAUCGAUUGAAAAGUUCAUUUUUGCUGCAAAUAUUCGUAAAGAUGACUGUUUUGAUAGACUGCAAAUGGAUAUUGGUAUUUCUAAUCUUUCUUCUGGAGAGAUAUUGUGGCAUAAUUCAUGUUACGCUUCCUACACUAGCGAGCGUAAUUUACACAGCCUAUCAACGGAUCAAACGGGUUCUCCUCAAUUGAAUGAAGUAAGUGAAGGCCGCUCGAAAUCGCAACGAAAUCGUCUGUCGAUCGACUGGACAAAGUGUAUUUUUUGUCGGAAUGCCUCUCGCAAAAAAGAUUUUAAACUAAUCAAUAUUGUGACUUUUGAAGCGUGCGAUAGCAUCAGAGCAGCAGCUGAAGCCAGAGGCGACGAAGAACUACUGCCUGUAUUACGAACUGUAGAUCUAAUUGCUAGUGAAGGCAAGUAUCAUAAGUCUUGCCACGCAUCAUAUGUGAGCAAGGCUAAUAUCAAAUCGCAAUGUACCGAUGAAAAACCUGCUAAUGAAUACGAGGAAGCGUUUGCUGAGUUCCUUGACAUAAUACGACCUGAAAUCGUGAAGGGAAAAGCGUACAAUAUGAAUUUCUUGCUACAAUUGUAUAAGGACAUGCUAACUAAGAGAGAUGUAAAUGCUGACAGUUACACCAGGCAGAAACUCAAAUUACGUUUAAAGUUAGCCUUCAACGACAGGCUUGUAUUUCACCAACCGCAUGGGAGCACAAAACCAGAAAUUGUGUACUCUAGUUCCAUAUCACUCAUUGAUGUUAUUAACAAAGCUGCGAGAACAACCGAGAACACCACAACUUCAGUUACAGCUCAGAAUGAAUCCAUAAGGGAUGAACUAAAUGAAUCAGUUAAGAUAAUUUAUAAAGCAGCAGUCAUUAUCAGAAAUGAUUUAAGAGAGUGCAAGGGCAUUAAAAUCGAUCCCUUAUCCUUUGAAGAUUUGCGCAUGCAGAAGGCGAGAGCACUUAUUCCUGAUAAUCUUUAUUGGUUGGUCAGGUACAUGGUAUCCACGGAAGUGUACGCUGCUGAUCCAAGUCCUAUAUGUUCCGAUGUCACACGCGAAAGAAAGAUAUUAAUGAUAUGCCAAGACGUUAUACACGCUGCGAGUAACUCCAGAUUGAAGCUUCCAAAGCACGUAUCGUUAGGAAUAACUAUUAAACAUAUAACAAGGUCGAAGCAGCUCAUAACUUUGCUCAACCGAAUGGGACAUUGUUGCUCAUAUGAACAAACUGAAAUUGUAGAAACAGCCCUCGCUAAAGAAGCAAUCGCAAGAUCAGAGUUGAAUGGAGGUGUUAUCAUUCCAUCAAACAUAUCACCUGGCGUUUUUGUCCAUAUGGCAGCCGAUAACAAUGAUUUCAACGAAGAAACCAUUGAUGGAAAGAAUACUACCCACGCGACGACCUUUGUUGCUUUCCAAAGGAAACAACAUACUCUCGCAAUGCCACCCUAUAGAGAUCUACGUAGAUCACUCCCAGCGGAAACGGUCACUAGAUUCGUCAAGAUCAAUAGUGACGGUAGAAGAUAUCAAUGUUGGAGCAAGACGUCCAGCGGUUAAGAAUUACCUUGGUAAGAUGGCAGAUGUAAGUUGGGUCCAAUCAAAUGAUAAUUUCCUUUCCGCCAGUCAAGACGACUUGGUAUGGCUUAUCCUGCGCAUGUGUUCCAA